AUGGCGCACUCUCCGCGGUCUCGGAGCCGAGCGAGGAAGGGCCCGAGCCUCAAGGGUCUCUUCCUGUCAGCUGCAUUACUACCAAAUGUCGUGUUGGCGCACUUUAACGACCCUGCCGUCCAAGUCCCCAUUAUCCCGCCACCGGUGCCUGUGGAUGAGCCAAAUCCGCCAUCCGAAACACAUGAAUUUUCACUUCGUCACAUAUUCCACCGAGGGACAUAUGAUCACCCUGACCUCCUCGCGAAACUCGACGUCUACCCAGACACCCGUCUAUGGACAUUGUCAGAGGAUGGCACAGAGCAGGAGCCUUUUGCGAUAUCUUCACCCCUGAUCGCUUCCUCAAACCCCAUCACAAUACAACGCCUGGCGGAUCGACGCUUGUCGGUGAUUGAAGGGCACUUGGCUGCCGCAAAGUCCUCGGGCGCAGCGCCAACCUUGCCGCCGUCGGAAUGGGUGAUGGACACGCUUCCAGGCCCAAAUGUCACAGACAAGAAGACUGUGUUGACUUUUGCGCGGAUGACGGCAAACGAUUAUAUCGAAGAACCCGGUACAGAAGACUGGGAGACCAUUCACGGCAGAUUCAACUACUCCAAUAGCUUUGGAUGGAAGAGGGAUGGACUGCGAGGGCAUAUCUAUGCCGAUAAGACGAAUAGCACGAUUGUGAUCUCUUUGAAAGGAACCUCUCCGGCUCUCUUUGAUGGGGCCGGCACCACCACCAACGACAAAGUCAAUGACAACCUAUUCUUCGGUUGCUGCUGUGGCCAAGGUGGUUCGUAUCUAUGGAGGCAGGUUUGCGACUGCCAGAGCGCCACCUAUACCGCCAACUUAACUUGCAUCGUCGAGGCGAUGAAUGAUGAGAACAGAUACUACAAGGCUGCUAUUGAUCUGUACUCUAAUGUCACCGAGAUUUACCCGAACGCCAACGUCUGGUUGACCGGCCAUUCUCUGGGCGGCGCCAUGACCAGUCUGCUCGGCCUGACUUUCGGCCUCCCGGCAGUCACCUUUGAAGCAGUUCCAGAAGCGUUGCCUGCAGCUCGGCUCGGCCUUCCAAGCCCCCCAGGCCAUGACCCACGCCUUCCACAGUCGCGGGACUUCACGGGAGCGUACCACUUUGGCCAUACAGCGGACCCCGUUUAUAUGGGAACCUGCAAUGGCAUCAACUCUAUUUGCACAUGGGGUGGCUACGCGAUGGAGUCAGCCUGUCACACCGGUCAGAUGUGUACGUAUGACACCGUGGGUGACAAGGGCUGGCGUGUUGGCCUUGGAACACAUAAGAUCAGGAAUGUUAUAUCAGAUGUCAUCGAGGUUUAUGAUGAUGUGCCAGCAUGUGCACCGGAGGAAGAAUGUUAUGACUGCGUGCUGUGGAAAUUUUUCAAAAGUAACGGUUCCGAAGUUACCACAACGACCACCACAACGACCACUUCUCCAACUCUCACCAGGACUGCUACCUGUAAAACCCCGGGUUGGUGGGGUUGCCUUGACGAAUCGACUACUACCACCGCUACGAAAACCACGACAACCACAACCAUAACCACAGCCACAACCACAACCACAACCACCACUUCAACAUGCAAGACCCCUGGCUGGUUUGGCUGUAAUGAUCCGACGACCACAACUAUUCUUGUCACGUCUACUUCGUCGACUUCUUCAUGCCAGACCCCUGGUUGGUUCGGUUGUCAUGACUCUACUACUACCACCACCAACAUGCCAACUCCAGCACCCACAAUAACAACACCACCCUUAACGAAAUCGACAACCUGCCAUGAUCCAGGGUGGCUCGGCUGCCGGGACCCAACAUCGAAGCCAACAUCCGCUCAUGGCUCAACACCAGCGAGCUCAACCUGUAAGAUGCCUGGGAUAUUCUGGGGUUGCUGGGAUGAACCAACACCCACUCCCUCUAUCACCUCAGCACCAACCUCAACGCCUACCGCCCCACCCUCUCCUAGCUCUCGGAAAUGCACCUACAAGCUCUUUUUUGGCCUCAUCUGCCUCGACCGAUAA